CUGCAGUGUAUAUAAAGGCCUGUCUGGGUGCAGGGAGGUGAGGCCCUGAAGCAACUUCAUCUCUUCUCAAGGUCUGACCAACAACUUCAGCAAAGAUGCAGAGCGGAAUGAUUGUGAAGAACUUGCCCUUCAAGGUCGGACAGACCAUGACGGUUGUUGGAAUCCCUGAACUUGAUUGUAAAAAAAACUGGAAAUCAGUCUUGGCCGCUGGAUUUAAUCUUGCCAGAGAUAUUACUCCAGCUAUUUGCUUCAGAUUUCAAAUCAACAUUGGCACUGAUGAGUUCACCAUUGCACUAUACAUUAACCCUCGUUUUGAUUAUGGUGAAGACCACAACACAGUGGUCUGCAAUUCCUUCCAGGACCUCACAUGGGGUGAAGAGGUGAGAGGGAGAAGCUUCCCCUUCCGCCAGGGACAGGAGUUCAAGGUCAUCAUUGAUUUCACUCCGACUGAGUUUGUCAUUACUUUAUCGGAUGGCUCUACAAUCAACUUCCCCAAUCGCUUUGGUGCAAAGGAAUACUCAGUGAUGAACUUAGGAGGGAAAGUUCGCUUCACCAGUUUGCAGAUUAAGUAGAUCUCCAUUCUCCCAUGUGCAUGAGGUGUCGCCUCAAAUGCUCAUCAUGUAUUAAUCUGCAAAAUGAGAUUUUAGUGCGAUUAGAGCAGAUACAAGCAGCCACACUUAGAAUAUCAUUCUGACAACUGAUUUCCUUUUCUGUGCUUUUGAAAAAUAGUUUCAACCUUUUGUGUCUUUGUUGACAUGAACCUGUUUUGCUUAAUAGAGUGUUUCACAGUUUGCUUUCCAAGACAUUCCACAUUUGUAAUUGUCUAUAACGCUUACAUGGAACAAUGGCUAUUAAAAAUAUAAU